CCGUGCCCCGUAGUGAUGUCACAUCCAACAACAAGAAGCACUCUGCUGGUGAUUAUUUCCGGAUGGUUCAAAUAAAGUGGACACUUGGCUUCGUAGCUGUGUUUUAUCACAAUGUCUCAGGAUCUCUGGUUACAGAAUUAUGAUGCCACUUGUCGACUGGCACAGGAAAUAGCCGAAAACAUCCAUGAACGGAACAGACAGCAGAGAACCGGGGGAAACCCUGCAAAGAUAAACAUGACGCUACGGGCAUCGCUCCAGAAGCUGAAACAGAAUAUUGCUCAGCUCAAGGAGAGUUUGAUGAGAGCUUCCUCGUCUCGACGGAUAAUGCAGUCAGAAGCAGACAGGAGGCAGAACCUGAUUGAUGACCUGCUAACAAGAGAGAAGCAGCUCAAUGCCACUUUCAAGGGAGAUACCAAGGAGCCUGAACCAUCCAGGUCCACGUUGAUGGCUGGAGGGGCCGGAGCCAGUGGAGGUAUUGCAGCAAACCCCUGGUUGGUCAACGAAUCGGAUGAGACAAAAGGGCUGACAUUUGGAGAGAUCAAACAGCAGCAACAACGAAUCAUUGAGGUCCAGGAUGCAGGCUUGGAUGCACUAGCAGCUGUCAUCAGCCGACAGAAGAUAAUGGGCCAGGAGAUUGGCAAUGAGCUGGAUGAACAGAACGAAAUCAUUGAUGACCUUGCGCAUCUUGUGGACAAGACGGAUGACCGGAUUCGGAAUGAGACACGGCGGGUGAAGCUGGUGGAAACGAAGUCAGCCUCUUGUGGGAUGCUGGUGGUGAUCGUGCUGCUUCUUAUAGCCAUCAUAGUGAUCGCCGCAUGGCCUGUGUAGCGGAAGACCAUGGCGACGCUCGUGGACGUGAGUCGGACAGCUACGGUGGCAGUUUGACGCACAAUCACCAGUUGAAACUUUUGCAUCAGCAGUGCACAGGUGCAGACACAGACUCUUUAAACAUCUCCUCUCACUCUGAAAUUUAAGUCACUGGGAACUGACCAAGCAAUGAAAUGUGAAAUGAAGACUUAUGUCCUUUAGCAGCACAGAUGAAUACUUUUAUACUGAUGGCAACGUCUGGGUCAAGGCACUGUAGCUUUGUAAAAGGCUUUUUUUCUUCUUCUUCUUUUUUUUUUUUAAUAUUUCUUUGGUGUAAAUUGUAUUCUUUAAUAUAUUUUCAAUUGUCUAACUCAUGAAAACAUUAACUCAUCAAACUGUUAAAUUAUUUGUAGGUGUGUAACGUUUUGAAAAUCAUUGUAGACUGGACUUUGGCGAGUGUUGACUGAUCGUAUGUAGGCACCAGGAGCUUUCCUUUCCUAGGUCUGUGUGUGGCUGGGCUGCUCUGGGUACAGUAAUUCCGCAAGCUUUGCAGUAUUCACACUCACUUAUAUUUACCCAUGCAUUACUGUAGCAACUGUAAUGUUAUCUUUUUAUCUGGACUUUAGAACGUUUAUAGAAGAGCCCACAGCCAAAACAAACAUAUCGCCUGUGGUACUAACAUGGCUCUUUUCCUUCCUUGUAAAUCAGUUCAGCUUGUAAUUUCUAAUAAAUGACAUUUCAAGUUAAUAGCC